AAUUCUGUAGCUUUCAUGUUAACUGAAAUAGAUUGAAUUUUUUAAGACGAAAAACACUGACUAGAACAGCGUUUUUUUGUUUUAUCAACCUGUUCGCUCAAUGAAGCGCUUGUGUAUAUUUGUACUGGUGAUAAUCUAUGUAUAAAUGUUAUAUUUUGUUGUACUAUAAUUAUAUUUUGAUGUAGGAAUUCCAGUUAUAACUCAAUUCAUCUAAGGAGUUUUAGGUGAGCACGAACAAACUUUUUGUGGCCCGAGAUCUGAUUCCAGGUUUAUCGUAAUUAGAUAUACAUACCGCCAAUUCUCGCGUAUAAUCAUAGACGGUUGUGUGUAUUUGUAUUAGUGAUAUACACCACAAAAAAUCAAUAAAGGUUCUGUGUGUGUUCGAAUGUCAUUCCCGCAAUAGUUCCUUGUCAUGUUAUACUCCAACCACACGGCAAUUAAGCACAAAAACCACCAUCUAAACAAUUUCGCUUCUGCUUCUUCUCACUAAAAUGUUUGGCAUUCGUCUCAAAAGCUACCAAUUUACUAAUAUCUUCAUAUCUUCAAAGUCUGUGACUAGCGUAGAACUGACUAGAUCUUUGAAAGACAGAAAGGUCUGUUAUGUUCUAUAGACCUACAAAUAUCACGUGACUAAAUCGCCAAUAUAAUACUGACUUAUUUGACCCUGGCUCUGUGCCAAACCAGUGAGGUGUUAACCAGUACGAGCAGCCUAGAGUCGGCUCUGAUUCUCUAUUGAUUACUCUGUAGUGACUCACGUUUAUCACGAGAACACGACUGGUUUAAUAAAAACAAUUAUUAUUAUAACCAACUGUACCAGUGUUUAUUUUAAUGCGCUUUUGUUUGACUGUGCUAAUGACAUCUAUUUUGUGCUACCAUUCUUAUACUUACACUUUGAUUGUAACUUCGCGCGAAUCCGGUUACCUUCUGUAACCAAGCUUGUACCCUGGCACGAUCUCGGUAUCCUUUCGAUGCCACGAGAUCGCCAGCUAAUAAACCUCGACUUGGUCCAUUAAUUGCCUUCUGGUAUUCGGCUUCUCGGGGAUUUUAUGGAGUCAUUUGGAACGAGCUUCUUACGCCUUCUGAUUUGUCUGGCACGUGUUUCUUGGUAGCGGUGUUCAUAGUUUACCUCAACUCGACGCCACGCUACAUUGGUGAGCUGUAUUUUGGAACACGCCUCAACAUCUGGUCGAAUCUUCCAAAGAAGCCAAUUCGGUGAGUCUAUGAUUUAUCUAUCCACGUCUGUCGUAUAUUUUCAUAUUAUCUUUUAAUAUUUAAUAUACACGACAUGACGGAUAACGAUGAGAAUAUUAUUAAUAUAAUAGACUCACAUGUACGUGUACCGAAUCCUUGUUACUUUUUAUCCGCGUGACGAUGAAUUCCACGCCUUAUUCGAGAAAUUUCCCUAUUGACUAUUCUCCUCGCUGACCCGGCUGCUUGGUACGGAAUGCAUACGCAUGAGCAUAUCCGUCUACCACCCAGCGCCAAAUGGUUAAGUAAACGGUUUCACUGCCAACUUAAAAGUGCUCUACGAGCACACGAAAACGGCAACUGGCACGAAACCUUACCAUUCGUUCUUUUAGUGGUGAGAACGAGUUUAAAGGCAGAUAUCCAAUGUUCCGCCACUGAACUUGUAUACGGCACGACAUUGCGUCUGCCCGGAGAAUUCUUCACACCACGGAGCAGACCUAAUUUCGGUAAAUCAGACUACGUCCAUCGACUGUCUGCAUUUAUGCGAACGCUGUCUCCGGUGUCAACUCGAAUACAACAUCGACAGGUCGCUCUCCCUCGAGAGUUAUCUACCUGUUCACAUGUUUUUGUACGAGUAGAUUCGGUACGCAAACCUUUGCAACAACCUUACGAAGGCUCUUUUCACGUGAUCGCUCGUCACGAAAAGACCUUCAAGGUUGAUCGAUAUGGACGCGUCGAGAUCGUCAGCAUUGAUCGUCUCAAACCAGCACACGUCGAUAACAGUGCCCUAUCUGACACCCUGAGAUUCAAUGCUAGACCUAUCAAACCUAGCGGGAUCCUUAAAUCUUCUUCAGAUCCCACGCUAGAUACAUCUGAGACCUCAUUCUCACGUCCCGGUCAACAGCACGCGUCAUCUGCACCGUCUACAGACGAGACGAUAGUCUCACGUCCAGAUCAGCAGACCACGCCGCCUCUGACCUCGGAUGAGAUUGCAGGCUCAUGAAAUACGAACGAGACUACCGUCUCACGUUCCGGUCGCCGAGUAUGGUUGCCCGUACGCUUCCGCGACUAGCCGCACAGUUAACAACCGAUACGGUGUAGGACUAUUCCUAUGCUACACACAUGCUACACUCUCCUCUUUUUUCCUUUUCUUUUUGUUUCCUGAGCCCACGCCUUCGACCAUCUCCGUUUGGUUCCGUCGACUUCAGUCAACUUUGGCGAAAGCUGGCCUGAUCACCCACGCUCUUGUCAACGUACUCAGUCGAUAUAUUGGUUUCGAAUUCUUGGCAUACGCUUUGUCUCGAACUUGGUCGUUAUGGUCGCUUCUGGUCUUUUGGCUCAACGUGGUUUCGUCCUUCGUCUGCAGCGUUUAUGGUCCGGACCCGUACGAACGCCCUCUUCAGAUUCUGGAUACAAACCACUCUGGUAGCAUGCCGACUCAAGCAACAAAUACAACACAUCGCUCCUGGUACCGUUCUCCGAAAACGACCUCCGUUGGCAACUCGACGAUCAACGAUCGCUUUCCUGUUCGCCAAUUCUUCCGUCCUACAAUCGCUCGUCAGCCGAUCAGUCCCACGAUUCAAACCGCUAUUAAUCGAAAGUGUGAACCCUUUCUAGCGGGGGGCUCCUGUAGUGACUCACGUUUAUCACGAGAACACGACUGGUUUAAUAAAAACAAUUAUUAUUAUAACCAACUGUACCAGUGUUUAUUUUAAUGCGCUUUUGUUUGACUGUGCUAAUGACAUCUAUUUUGUGCUACCAUUCUUAUACUUACACUUUGAUUGUAACUUCGCGCGAAUCCGGUUACCUUCUGUAACCAAGCUUGUAUCCUGGCACGAUCUCGGUAUCCUUUCGAUACCACGAGAUCGCCAGCAAAUAUAUCUCGAUUUGGUCCAUUAAUUGCCUUCUGAUAUUUGGCUUCUCGGGGAUUUUAUGGAGUCAUUUGGAACGAGCUUCUUACGCCUUCUGAUUUGUCUGGCACGUGUUUCUUGGUAGCGGUGUUCAUAGUUUACCUCAACUCGACGCCACGCUACAACUCUUGCCUUUCACUGCUCAUUGAGUCCAGGACACAAUCUCAGCUUCCACUGUAUGAGUCAUAUAUUUCAGAUAAACAUGGUUAAUAUACAAGCAAGCGAGACGGAAUCACAUCAGAGAAAUAGAGAUAAGAAAUAUACAAGAUCAAUCCGAAAGUGUCUGUGAGUGUGAGAGACUGUCAGUAAUUGGUUGAGAAUGACCUCAGAAUAAGAAAACAUAUGAUGGUAGUUACUUGGUCAAACGAAAGCUUAUAAUAAAAGCAAUAUAAAUAUACAUAUAAAAUAGUUGCUUAAUAGUUGUGCAAUAAGAAUAUAAAUCAUUUGCUUAUAUUAACUGUUUCUCUAGUCAAAUGUUUAAUCAGUCUUGUGAAUUUUGUAGAAUCUCUGCUUUCACUAUGAAGACUCUUCAGAUCUCAGUACAAAAUCUAAAUGGCUUUCUCUAGUUAACAUUUUUGUAGUGAGGUUCUUUUUAAUUUGAUCUAGUUGUCAAUCUCACUUCCGACUAUCCUCUUCUACCCAGACUUGGGGCUCUCAGAAUCACUAAAGAGGAUAUCAGACCGAUAGAUCAUGUUUAAUUUAUAAAUCGUUUCAUUUACUAACUAGGAUUUUUAAUCUUGAAAGAAGAACGUGAAAAGCAUAUAAAACAAAAACAGUGGAGUAUUCAUAACUAGUUUUCGUCCUGUGAAUAUUUAUUCAUCUCGAUUUCACAUGAGGGCAAUAUCUAAUUAACCAAUAAACCAUUGAGAUUAUCUAUCAAGAAAUGAGAUGUCACAGCUUAUUUAGGAAAAGACAAAAACAAGAUAAUGAUGAAAUAACUUUAAAGAUGAUUGUGCGAGCGACUAUCUAAGAGUGGAACCAUUUAGUCUUCUAUGUAAUUUGUAAUAUUCUAACGAAAAUAUGUCACGUAUUUGUGUGUAUUCUGUGGAUAUAAUACAAGAAAAGUAAGUGGUCAAAUAUUUAGAAAGUUUAGGAAACUUAUCUUCGUUUCCUGAAAAUAAUGAGUGUAUUCAUCAUCUAUUGAAAUAAUAUACUGUUACCACCUAGUGGAGGUAUGAUGUAUUAUUCUGUAAAUCAGAUAAACCCCAUAUCAAUGAAGAAUAUACAAAGAGUUUUAUAUGAAAGUUUUAUAGGAAGUUACUACAUUAAUAAUAUGUGAUUUUCGGAGGAUUUUACUUAACCAGUAAACUGACUUACUCAGUUGGGCAUAAAAUAUCUAGCGUUGUCCUUAAUGUGAAUAGAUUUGAGCUGAUAUGUGUCAACAUAAUAUUCUGAGUCAUCAGUCAGUUCUAUGAACUGAUCACUCCAGUAUACAGGUAAGUGUACUGUCCUUACAUUCAGCAUGUAAUUUACGCUUUCGUCUAGUACAUUUUGGAAUAUUACCAUAAGUGAUCUGCUUCUUACUUAUACACUUGGAAUGCAUUUAAUUUGACGUCAUAGUCGCGAAGAUUAUCAGCUUACGAGCAUAAUUAUAAAACGUGAGGAUUCAAUAGUUGACAAUUGUAUACAAUAACCAUGUCGGCUGAGUACUGCAACUACUGAUAUGUAGAAUUUGAACCAUAGGCGUUCCAACACAACCCUCCUCCAAGAAAAGAUGUUGGAUCUUCAAAUCCUCAAUCUAUGAAUAAUAUAGCCUCAUUUAAAACAUAUUUCUCACAUUGACUAGAGUAUUCAUUCAUGAUAAGGAUGAACAAGAGUUGAUAUAAAAUCAUUUGAAUUGUAAUCGAAACUGAGAUCAUUUAGUACUCGUGCUUAGUAUUGAACAAGCUUACCACAAGAAAUAAAUACAUUAUGAGAACAAAUAACAUUUGAUAUUACAUCAGAAUUCCAUUAGCCUGAAGUAUUUUCAAGAAAUUCACUAAGAAAUUCAUUUUGAGAUUUUGGAAAACAUUUGUAGCUCAGAUGGAUUAUAUUGAUGGAGUUUUGUUCUCUAAGCUGGAUGGUUUGGCCGUGGAGCUUCCAUCGUUCUUCUGAACGACAUCAUCAGCACAAACUUCUACCUGAAGAGUUUCGUUGGAGAAUAGCGGAUCAUUAGAACAAUCAGCAUCUAUCAAAACUGCACCAGAUUUUCGAUCAUGAUUUAUUACGUUCCAUAUAUUUUUCUCAGAAUUAUAAGAAACUACAUCAGAAAUAAGUAAAUAUUUAGGACGUAUUUGAUACAGUAGCAUAAGAAAUCUGAUAUGAAGAUGGUUGACUAGGAGCGUUUGUCUCACAAGGAUUAUAAGUCACAUUCAAUUCUGGAUCGCUAUAUGACUCUAUACUGUUCUUCGAAAUCGUGGAUAAAGAUAAAUAAUCACUGAAAGCACUCAAAUUAACACAACCGAGAUCACAAAGUUUGGCUUAACUUGCAGUGAAAUGAACAGUAGUAUUACAAACCGAAUGGAUGUGUCCAAUCUUACCACAUUUAAAACACUCAGCAUUACGAAAUACACAUGAAUUACAUGAGUGGACUUUGCAGCAGUUAACAUUUAACAAUCUGGUGCUCAUCUUCGUGACCUGCUUCAAAACUUUUCAAUAUAUUACUACCUGCAUAAUUUUGAUUACUCAUUGGAUUGGAAUGACGUAGUAAUGUGAUGACAAAUCGCUUUAUGAAACUUUCAUCCUUCACAUCAUUCGACAAUUGUACACUUUACAUGGUCUAGUAUUAGUUCAUUGAGAGUUGAGGAAGAAAUUGACAUGAGCUUUUCUGGAACUAGCAGAGUUUUUAAUAAGCUGAAUGCUUCUUUUCGGACGAGUGUAAGAAAAUAAGCCAUAAUAUUUACAUCCUAAACAUCUCCGCUGAUCAUAGCCCAGAUUUUGAUUCUUUCCAUGUAAUCCUCAAAAGCACCAAAAACUAAAUGAGUAUCAAACUGUUCCAUCACAGGCACUAUUUAGACGUCAGUGUGGUAAUUAGAGGCAUAUCAAUUAUUGUACUAGCUAUGAAUUCCCGAAGUAACGCAAUUCUAGCCACAAAGAACUAGGUGAGCACAAAAAACGUAUUGUAUUUUGAAUUCUAAACCAAACAGACAUCAAGUACAAAAGAAUCAUUAGUUCAUUCAACCUCGCAUCGGCGUCUUAUGUUUAAAUGAAAUCCUCUGACGUAACUAUAUACAUUUACCAACAACAUUUAUGAUCUUUCACUGCUGCAAUAUUCACUAUCAUCUAACCUUAUUUUCAGCAACCUCUUGCAUCAAAAGCAGUAUUUAGGGCAUAUAACAUCGAUUGACUUAGUCGUGAUAAGUAGAAUAAUAAAACUAUUACUGAGAGUCAACAAUUUAACAUAAUGUUUAGUUCAACAUCAAUUAAACUAACUCAUUAAAGUUUAGAAUAAUGGAUGCAAUCCGCAUCAUGUGAAUGGUUGAAGUCUACAAUUUACACAUAUUUGUUAGAUAUUCCAAAAAUAAACCAAUGAGAAAUCAGUGCAUGACAAAAUGUUAGAAAGUUUCGAUUUGUGAAACAGUAUUUAAACGAACCAAAUCAAACGACAAAAGUUGUAGUCCUCGUAAGACAAAGAUAUGCUUCCUACCGUCUUAUCGACAGUUCCGAAAUGCUUGCUAUUUUUCAUAGCAAUCAUACUAUCACAGUAUAAAAUUGAGUGUAAAUCGUCAUCAUUGAAUGUAACAGAUCCAGAAACUUGGAAGAGGUUGGCAGUUGAGAGACUUAGUAAAUUUGAACAAUCAUUAUAUUACUCAUCACUCAAACGACCAAAAAAUAUCAUCUUAUUUAUUGGUGAUGGUAUGAGCUUGAGCACUGUUACUGGAGCGAGAUAUUUGAAAGCGGAGAAGAUGGAUGUCUUAGGUGGUGAUGUACAGCUAGAAUGGGAAAACUGGCCUGUUGCAUCACUUGUCCGUACAUUCAACUCAGACAGACUGACAACAGAGUCAGGUUCUGCGGCAACUGCUUUUAUGUCAGGUGUGAAAGGGCCUUAUGAUACUGUUGGCAUCACGGGAACAGUGAAGUGCUGUGAAUGUACUGAGUUGAAAGAAGUGGAAGGAGCGAAAUCUUCUCUCAUGUAUGCCUCUAAAGCAGGAUUUUCCACUGGAAUAGUAACAACUACGAGGGUUACUCAUGCAACACCCGCAGCAGCAUAUGCCAAUAUGUUACAUCGAGAUUGGGAGUCAGUAGGACCAUCAAACAAGCGCGGAUUCCACUGCGUAGACGCUGCUGCACAACUAUUGACAAACGCUUCUCACGUCAACGUCAUAAUGGGAGGAGGGGCAGCCGAAUUCUAUGGUCCGUCAAACAAUACCACUUUCACCAUGAAAGGGAAACGCUCUGAUUCACGCAACCUCCUACAAGAAUGGAAAGAUAUGCAGACCGAAAUGAAACGCAAGCAUGUUCUCUUACAUACAAACGAUGAGUUUAAACGAACCGACUGGUCUUCGGUUGACUACGUUUUGGGUUUGUUUGCUCCGAGUCAUUUGGCUUAUCAACUGGAAAACCAAGACCAACCAAGUUUAGCAGACAUGACAGAAGCUGCUAUCAAAAUACUGUCUCGUAAUCCUAAAAGAUUUCUUUUGUUAGUGGAAGGAGGUAGGAUUGAUCAUGGGAAUCACGAAAAUCGAGCCCAAUAUGCAUUAGCUGAAACUUUGGAGCUCGAAAAAGCUGUCGAGAAAGCAUUGUCACUUGUUGAUCAACAGGAAACACUACUGCUAGUAACAGCUGACCAUUCUCAUUCAUAUGGAGUGGUCGGCUAUCCGACAAGGAACACAAGUGUGCUAGAUGUUGAUAAUACUGCAAAAGGAAAUGAUAAUAAAUCAUAUCUCAUAUCUUCCUAUUUCGAUGGACCAAGAGGUAUAUUGGAUGCACCUCGAUCGGAUCCGGCAACAGAAGAUAGAUUUGCAAGCAACUAUACUGCAGAAUCAUUAGUGAGACUGAGUUUUUCUACACACAGUGCUGAGGAUGUACCGAUUUAUGCUAAUGGACCUUACAGUGAACUAUUUCAUUCUUCAUUGGAUAACACAUUUAUUGCACAUGCAACUAUGUACUCGCUUUGUAUCGGACCAUACACGAAUCAGUCACAUUGUAACGAAGGAAACAAUGGAUCUCAACUCAGAGGACUUCAUCUGAAUAACUUUUAUUAUUUACUAUUUCUCAGUGUUAUUUUGUACACUUUCAUACAUUAGUGCAUAUUUUGUGGUAUUUUGUUCAGAUUAUUAAUUUCAUGUGUUUCAUGUAAGCAUAUUUGUUAUUUGUAAUAUUUAUCAGGUUAGAUUAGAUAAGUACUCAUUAAAUGAUUUAUG